CGCGAGUCCAAAUGCUGCGAAAUAAUUCUGCGGCCAUAGGAGGUUCUCACAUGUUGGAUUCUGAUGCAGUAAACAUUAAAUUGAUCCCAGAAACAUAAGGACAAGACACAUCUCGACUGGUGUGAUGAAGCUGGAAUUGUCUCGAGUGGUACAGGGAUGCCGUCUGGGGUUUUUGUCUGAACUGGGGAAAACAGGGCAACACUCACUAGCAGUGCCCGGGUGUCUCUUGUACACUCGAUGUGCAACUGUGCCCCAUCUGACCCAGGACACUUUACACACUUUGAGCGACCUGCCGGCAGUCACACAAGUGACAGUGGAUAGUCUUGCAGAGCAUCAUGAGGUCCUGGAGGAAUUCAAAGAAGGUGUCAGAAUGUUUGCAGGUCUUCAUGAUACUGUUCUUUUCUGCUCUCUGCACGAUUCUGCGAACCCCAGUCCUGCUGGUCACAUCACAAACAAGACAGUGUCAGUAUGGAGUAGCGGUGGAAGGAUCGAGCUGACGGCGGCUCGCUUCAUGGCGAUUCAGGCUGCUAUCCAGCCUGACUGCUAUCAGAGCAUGGCAGACGGAGAGACUUGGCAGGCCAAUACCUCUCGCAAGAGAGUCCGCAAAGCAGUAGACAGGACUCUGGCACAUCUGGAUGAGUGUCUGCUAUUGCACCAGAAAAAAAAGGAAUUAAAACGGGCUGUGAUAUUUGGAGUUGUGGAGGGUGGAGACAUUAUGGAGGAGAGACUGCGAUCAGCACGAGAAACUGCUAAGCGUCCUGUGGGUGGAUUUGUCCUGGAUGGAUUUCAUUCUACCACCAUGGAUCAGGAUGUGAGGAGUCAGUUGAUCAAAGCAACAACUGCAGAGCUUCCCCAAGAAAAGCCACGGUUGGUGCUGGGGGUGGGCCGUCCUGAUGAGGUUAUCAGCUGUGCUGAAGCAGGAGUCGAUCUGUUUGAGAGCUUCUUCCCCUUCCACGUAACAGAGCGAGGCUGUGCGCUCUUCUUCAACUACAACAUUCUUCCUGACCCUGAGACGGCAGUGUUGGAAUCAAAUGGAGAGGCACCUGCUGUCAAGAAGCUGAACGGAAAUGGAGAUGAAAAUAUGACUCCUUUUGAAAUGAACCUCAAGGAUAAAAGGUAUCAAGAUGAUUUUCGCCCACUUGUGGAGGGAUGUGGCUGUUACUGUUGUAAAAAGCACAUGAGAGCAUAUGUCCAUCAUUUACUUGUGACUAAUGAGCUGCUUGGUGGUGUUUUACUCAUGCUGCACAACAUGGCACACUACCUCGGCUUCUUCAGUGCACUGCGGGAUGCAAUAGCCAACGAUCGUCUGCAGGACUUUAAAAAUAGAUUACUCCCUUGCAGAGAAUGAGAUAUGUAUUGAAAUGAUUGAAGGACAUUUGGGGCAAAAAAAAAAAACUGAAAUAGCACAUACUUCAAGCUCUGAACUCUGAGACAUAAGUAUACUGAUUUCAGAGUAUGUGUGUUUACAUGCAUAUUAAGUUGGAUCCUGAUGCACAUGCCAUUGGCUUUCAAAUGAUAGACGUGUAAAAUGCACAAAUGUGGGUGACAGCAAACCUUUUAAGAUUCCCAUGGCACAUCACAGAGUUAGCAUAUGGAUUUAUAUUUGCUGUGUCUUCAACAAAAUUAACAAUUUUACCUAGAAGGAUCAUUAAUAAUGGAGAAAUUACCUUUUUAUAAGAGCAGGCCUUUUGGUCAAAUUCACUCUCUAAAGCCCUGCAGAAUUAUUGCCAGCAGUUUUACUCGGCACAUGUUUUUCAGACUCUUUUGGAAAGUACUUGAUUUUUUUUUGUUUAUGUCUUACGUUAAUGAUAUGUAUAAUACUGUUUAUAUAAUUGUGAUAAAAAUAUUAUGUUUUAAUGGAUAACAUUAAAAUGUUUCUGUUAUGCUAAAUUUAUACAUUUUAUAAUAGAGUAUCUCACUGAUUGGAUGCCUUGACUUAUGUUCUUCCAUUCUUCACAUUCCUCUUCAUAAAGUGUUUUUAACUACACAAUAAACAUACACGUGCAGUGGAUU